UCUGUUAUCAAAACAGAACCACGUCUUUGCUUCAGUUAAAUGAAUAGAAUUGAAGUGGAGGCAAGAGCCUCCCACUGAGAAAACAACGGAAAUUAUUAUCUACCCUUUUACAUUUAAAAAAAAAAAAAAAACAGUUUUAGUUAGUAUCAAAUCGAAUCUAUUCAUUAUGUUGUUCAAAGUGAUCGUAUUAUUUAUUUUAGUUUUAGGAAUCUGUUCUGCUUGUGAUAUGGACCAGACCAAAGACGGAUGUCGAAUCAGAAAUGGUAUUUGUUCUUGUGGUUUCGGAUGUAUAUCAGAGUAUAGAUACGAAACGAUGGCUGAAUGCAACAGUGCACUCAAAGGAAAGAGAAGGGACAGCUGCUAUCCAAAUCCAUGUAUGAAUGGAGGCUCUUGCAUACAAAUCUCCCAAAGACCAUAUUUCAUUUGUAGGUGUGAUGGUACAGGUUACUUCGGACAAAGGUGUCACAGAGCGUGUCCUACACCAGGGGGGGCUUCAGGAACAACCAAUGUUUUUCCAUAUGAAUGUAUAGUGAUAUAGAUUAACUUAAAAUAUGUAAAAAAUUUCAAUAAAAACCCUAAAAUGCUUCGCUUAUCAUA